GAAUUAUCAUCAGACGCGUCUCAAGAAUCGUCUAUUCACACCGCGUUAUAUUAUAAUUAAAUAAACAAUGAAGUUUAUAAUAUUUAUUACAGCAGUGAUCUUUUUUGUCUCCGUAAAUGCAAGACGCACUCAUAAUUAUGAUUAUAAAUUCGAAAAUGCAGACAACACUCCUGCACCCCAAUAUAAAAUAGAGGAUGCGCCAAGAUUAUUUCAUGAAUUUAUCCAAGCAUACGGAAGGAAGUAUAAAACUCAAGAGGAAUAUGACUAUCGCUAUCAAAACUUCGUUAACAGUUUAAUUGAAAUCAACAAACUAAACUCGGAAAAAUCUUCUGCUACGUUUGGUAUUAACAUGUUUGCGGAUUUGGCCUUUGGCGAAGAUCCAACAGUGGCCUUUAGUUUGAAUAACGGGAAUUAAUCGAGUGUCGACUUACCCGAGAUUUCAAAGCAGUAAAAAUAAUAAAGGACAUUUUCAUCAAUAGGAAAAUUCACCAUUGUAUAAACAUCAUAAUGAGUAUUUAUGCUUUUAUAAAAGAAAUAAAAUUAAGUAGGUAUUAAUGUCACCUAUUAAUGUAACCCAUUCAUUGCACUACAGAUAUGACAAAAUAUUUUUUAGGAAAGUAGGUAA